UUUACCUUCAACUUAAUUCAGAGUUAGAGCUCACAUUACUACUUUCUAUAUAGUUGAAGGCACAAAUAAAAAUCAACAAAAUGUCUCACAAGCCACCGGAAUUCAAGUUUCCCAUGCACAAUAUGCAUUUUAAACAGUCAAUGGGUAUAUUGAGAAAUGCCUGUUUACUUGCCUUAGGAGCACCAAUUCUAUUGUACAUGUUUCACAAUGCACCUCACCAAAGGAAGUACACUUCCUUCUACUCGAACUAUGAUCCCUUGGAUGCAUUUGAUCGCAUGAUGAGCGGAGGCUACAUUAACUCUUUCCCACCUGGCAGUGGACCCAAAAAGGAUAAGAAAGAUAAGAAGAAAAAGAAAUAGAUACGGAAUUCAUUAACAAGACGGGGCAUAUAUCUAAUCAACACUGCAAAGGAGAUCUUACACGAAUUUGAGUUCUAAGAAAUGACAAAACACAAUCAAUUAUUAAGCUACUAAAGCUUAAAAGGAGCAUUGCAAACAAACAGCAUAGAUAAGGAUAAAAGAUUAUCUAUCUGGACCAAUAUUUCAACACAAUUUAAACAUUUUUGGACCGAAAUGAAGUUCGAGAAUUAAUAUAAAUUCGAAAAGCAACAACAUCUCCCUGUGAUGACCAUAAACAUUGAAUAUAAUUUGAACAUUGAUAACUA